AUGGGUAAAAAUCAGAGUACUCUCAACCAGGAUGGAAGCCAGGGUGGCGAGCCUGGAGAUCACUUCUUUGAAGGAGCUAAUGAGGAAUACAAUGGGAGACGUUCUUGGAGUCACAACAAAAAUCCUCGAUUUAAGAAGUCCCGAACUAAAGAUCUGAACAACGCAUUAGGUGUUGGAAAAAUAAAUUUAGAGGAUAAUCUAAACCAUGAUAAUCUCCUGAUGUUUCAACAAAAUGAGAUCAGCUUGAUAGAUGACCCUGGAGAGCGAGAGUAUUACUCAACAUGUCCUAAUUGCUCUGCAAGGAUACUUGAGACUGGGUUAGAGUUGGAGAUCCUCUGACCCUUCUGUAGUUGCAAGUUCAAGUCUAACUCCAACUCGACUUUGCUGCUAGGAGAUGGAGAGAUUCAGCAAAGAUUUUUAAAUAAAGUGCAACAAAAUACUACUUAUAAUCGGUCAGCAUCAAUGCGGAAUUCCAUAUCAGGGCCAUUCCAGCUGGAGGAUUCUCCUGCUUAUUCUGCAGAGCCAGAAUUUCAGGAAGAAGAGGAGGAAGAAGAGGAAAAAUAUCAAUUCCAAGGAAGGUUAGAGACUGCUCAAGGGCAGCUUUAUGACUUCGAGCAUAAUAUAAAUCAGAAUAUUGACAAUGAAAUGAGCUCAACUUAUGACGAGAAGAAUAAAGUUAAAGCUCUUGAUAGUGUUACUUUGCUGGUAAUACAGGAAACUCUUCUUGAAGAUUUUCUUAUUACUGAUAAGAAGGAGCAAGAGAAAAGGCUGAACAACAUUGGUGAUGUCAAUAUCCAUCAAGACUCUUCAAAGGUUGAAGAAGGCAAAGCUGAGCAGGAAUUUGAAGAGGAGAAGAAAGAAGGUGACCAAACUCAAACUCAAAAUGAGCAACCUUCUGGGACACCUGAGGAAAGAGCCGCUAAAAUUUCUUUAAAAUCCGUAAAAUUUGAUCUUCUGAUGAAACAAAUUUUACUUCCUUUUUUCCAAAUUCAGACUCGAAUUUUGCAAAAAGGGAAUGUGUUCGAAAUUGGUACGAUCAAGUUUCUUGUCGCUGCUACGACUCCUCACAAGCAGGGAAAAGUGACUACAAAGACUAAAAUCAGAUGAAAUAUGGUAGUCUCCCAAGACUCUGCAAUGGAAAGUGUUGAGCUGAUUCCUAUUAGGAGGAACGCCAUUCAGUCAACCAGAGAGUUUAUGAGAGAAGUGGUCGAUCCAUUCUUGUCAAACAUUAAGCCUAAAGAGAUAUACACUCAUAAGCAUGCUGUGAUUGAGCUAGAGGAUGUCAAGUUCCUCAUAAAGUACUCUCGGCCGUUCUUUGGAUACUUUAACAGUGAUACUCGGGUAAAAAUUGAUGAUUAUGCGCAAGCUCUUGAUUUCAUCAGAAUUGCACCUAUUUGGAAAGAUGAGAAAACAUGCAAAGAAGUUAACGAGAAUUUCGACACUUAUAAGAAACUCAUUGGGAAGAAAUACCUCGAAGUCUAUUUCCACAGUGGGCUUUCAAGGUUUGUUGAGAAGGGCGAGACCAUUUUCAUCGAAAACCUCGAGUUUUUCGUCAACGACUGAAGGCCAAAAAAUGGGUAUGUAGAUGGUAGAACAAGGAUUGAGAUUCAGACAGGCUUCACUCAGGAGAAUUUUAAGAGGAAACAAAUCCAAGCUGAUAAGAAUUUCGCUAAGAGGCUUCAGAACAAAGAGAGAAACCGGAGCCAUCUGUAUCAGUUGUCUCAAGCUCUUGAAAGAAGAGAGAAUUUAGAAGGAGAAGAAUUAUCCAGGUUUGACCAAGAACUACUCAGGAUGACUAAUCAGCUAGGAGAGGACAUCUCUGAUUUAAGGGAGAGGUUAAACAUUCAUCAUCAGCAUAGGCAUAAGUCUAAGAAGAAGCCUGCCUCAAAGUCUCUUGUUCAGUGCCUCCCAGAGAGAAUUUUCAGCAAAAAGGUAGAGGAAGAAGGGACAAUCGAUGAAGAGGCUAAUGUUAAGUGAAUGAUAUGACUUGAGUUUUAUGAAAAUGGAGAGAAUCUUAAAAUCCUACCUUGUAUCCACUCCUUCCAUAAGGGAUGUAUUGAAAACUGGUUUAAAAGAGGAAGGACCUGUCCCGUCUGCAAAUGGGAUAUCAGUAAGCAACCUGAUACUUUAGCUUUUGGUGGAGCUCAUGAGUAA